AGUUGGUUUCCCGCACUCCGACCCAGCGGCUGGAGAUGAGCGCAGAAGCGGAGGGGCCGUCGCGGGCGGAUGGUGCCGGCGCGGACAGCACGAGGUGACGCCGCCUCAGGAGAGUGUGGGCUGCUGCUGGCAGCUACAGGAUGAAGUCGCCUCCCUGCUGCAUGUCUCUUUCUUCCCAAGCAUCCCUGGACGAACCAGGGAGUAGCACGUCCCUGGGUUCGCUGAACUCCAGUGUUUUCUCCAGUGAGGAAGAUCAGGGACCCCUGCUCCAGAAGGUCAUUCCCCCCUUGGACUGCUUUACUAUCAAUGUAGGAGGCAGCCGCUUUGUGAUGUCCCAGCAAACUUUGUCUUGCUACCCUGACACUCGCCUUGGCAAACUGGCUGUAGUGGUCUCUGCUGCCCGGGAUGUGGCUUCUGGCCUCCUUGAGCUUUGUGAUGAUGCCAACCUUGUGGAGAAUGAAUAUUUCUUUGAUCGGAGCUCACAGGCAUUUCACUACAUCCUGAAUUACUACCAGACAGGGAGGCUGCAUGUGAUGGAGCAGCUUUGUGCACUCUCGUUCCUGCAAGAGAUCCAAUACUGGGGUUUGGAUGAGCUCAGCAUUGAUUCCUGCUGCAGAGACCGGUACUUCAGGAGAAAGGAGCUGAGUGAAGCCUUAGACAUCAAGAAAGAUGCAGAAGAACUGGAUGCCCAAGAUGAAGAAGAGGACUUUUCUGGUAGCCUCUGUCCCAAUGUCAGACAGAAACUUUGGGAAGUUUUGGAAAAGCCUGGCUCCUCUGCAGCAGCCAGAACUUUUGGCACUUUGUCCAUGGUUUUUGUUGUUGUGUCCAUUGCCAACAUGGCUUUGAUUUCGGUAGAGCUAAGCUGGCUGGCACCGCCACUGCUGGAUGCCCUCGAGUACCUGUGCAUUGCGUGGUUCACAGUGGAGUUUGUUCUGAGGUUCCUGUGUGCACGAGACCGGUGUCGCUUCCUAAGGAGUGUGGCAAACAUCAUAGACCUCCUUGCUAUUUUGCCAUUCUACAUCACCCUGCUGGUGGAGAGCCUGUGUGGUGGUGAGAGCUCCCAAGAACUGGAGAACGUGGGACGUAUUGUCCAAGUGCUGAGACUGCUCCGAGCCCUGCGGAUGUUGAAGCUGGGAAGACAUUCAACAGGCUUGCGGUCUCUUGGGAUGACUAUCGCUCAGUGCUAUGAGGAAGUUGGCCUUCUACUGCUUUUCCUCUCUGUAGGAAUCUCUAUAUUUUCCACUGUGGAGUACUUUGUUGAGCAAGGUGUGCCGGGCACCACUUUCACAAGCGUACCUGGUGCGUGGUGGUGGGCAACAACUUCCAUGACAACAGUUGGUUAUGGGGACAUUAGACCAGACACUACCAUUGGUAAGGUAGUAGCCUUUAUGUGUAUUCUAUCAGGAAUACUAGUUUUGGCUUUACCAAUAGCUAUAAUAAAUGACCGUUUUUCUGCCUGUUAUUUUACACUGAAGAUAAAAGAAGCUGCUCUACGGCAGCGUGAAGCUUUAAAGAAACUCAUGAAAAACUCAUCCAGCGACUCAAAUAUCAAUGUCAAUUUGCGAGACAUAUAUGCACGCAGUGUCAUGGACAUGUUACGGUUAAAGAGCAGAGAGAGAGCAAGUACAAGGAGCAGUGGUGCAGAUGAUUUUUGGUUUUGAAGUUAUUUCACCUUGUAUAGCACAUACACUAAUUAAAAAAUGUGGUAUUAGGUGUCUCCUUUUUUAUUAUUCUCCACAUAGUGUAUUUGUUUUUCCAGUUGGAGUUUUACUUACUUGGAUGUACUGAAAUAACAAUUAUAUACAAAAGGUAGAAUUCAUGACAUGAAAUCUCUCAAUGGGCUCUAAAACCUGCUUUCAGAACUGGAUUGUGGUGGGUGAAUUGGGAAAUAAUAAAUCCAUGCAAGUAAAACAAUGAUGCAAUGGUUUGUCCAAUCUUAUAUCCCUGCUAAUGUAUAAUAAUAAAGUCUUGGUGAAAAUUG